GUUUCUGAACGUUCAAAAUCCCAUAUGUGGGACCGUACCGCUCAAAUGGUUAAAGUGGCCGAAGAAGGCGGAGAGUGAUGUUACUGGAGCGUUGGACUGCUACAGAGAUUGAGCCCUCUGAAAUAUCUCAUUUUUUAAACCUGUAACAAUUUAUGCAGUAUAUGAAUAUUACAGACAUUGUCAUAAACCUAUUACAACCAAAAAUGCAUAGAGUAUGUCAUUACCACACUAUAUGUUAUGAAAUACACAAAGCUGAAAAUUCACCUUUUUCAGAGCACCACACAUUGUAGAACUGUAAGAUGUUGCUUUCUCUUAGAAACUUCUGGAUAUGUGGAUGCAGGAACUGUAUCAUUAACUGUAUCAUAACUGUGCAUACGUCAGCCGAGCACUGAAUGAAUGUAACAUUAAAGUUUUAGAUUAUAAUGUUACAUAAUAACAUGAGUUAGGGUUAGCCAAAGACCUACAUAACGUAAAACACAAAACUUCAUAUUUUGAACACCCGGUAGAAAAUGUAUACAUCAACAAUUAAUCAUAUUUACAGGUGGUGAUUCUAAGGAGAAAGCUGGUCCAAGUUUACUGGAUACUGACCCAUCUUUCAACAUAAUAGGGAACUUUAAUAAGAGUAAAAAUAGAAUUGCUCAUGUGUAAUAGAUUAGGGGUAUAUUAAUAAUAUAAAUCAUACAUAAAUUAUAUAAAAUAUUACCUAUAUAUCAUUUCAUAUUUGUCUAUAGCCAUUAAAUUAAGGUUUGAUUUUAUUGACAAACCUUGUUUGUGGAAUGAUUAUAGUUUUUGCUAUGACACUUUAGAAGAAUGCGUCCAAACAAAUUUAUAAAUGUCUUAUUACUGAAAAAUGAAUUACCAACCCCUGGUAUAAAUGUACCCAAACAUGACUGUUUUGUGACUUCACAUAUAAGAAUCUCACAUAUAAGAUGUGCUACAAAAUCUUUCAGCACAUCAUUAGACAACAUAAAUAUGCAUUUCUCCAAGGAUUCAAAUAUGAAUACCUUAUUUAAUUUUUACUACUACUAUGUGUGUGCUUCUGUAUGUAAGUUUCUCUGCACUUUGUAAUUUUAGACAGCAACUUGUGAAUGGGACUUUUAUUUUGGUCUGAAGAUAUGACAUCAUAAGUAUCCACCGGGACCCUACAUCUGUUGUGAAUGAUUCGGCUGAAGAAAGUGGUGAAGAUCCUGGUGACGGUCUAUGUGACACACUAUGAUGGAGUUUAUUAAAGAGGAGAGUGAAGACAUGAAGAUUGAAGAAGUAUUCACUGUGAAACAAGAAGAUACUGAGGAACAAACAGACCUGAUGCUGCUGAAAGAGGAGAGUCACAAACUGAAUAAAAUGGAUGAUUUCAUAACUGGAGAAAAAUCUUUUUAUUGUUCACAGACUGAAAAUAUUUCAGCACAAAAACGAGCUCAAAAGACAGAAAACCUUAAUCGCCACAUGGGCAUUCACCUUAAAGGGGGCAGUUUUUUAUGUCAUCAGUGUGGAAAGAGUUUCCAAUUCAAUAAAUACCUAAAGACUCACAUGAAAAUUCACACCAGAGACAAGCCUUUCACGUGCUCUCAAUGUGGAAAGAGUUUCAAUCAUAAAGUAAGUCUCAAGACUCACAUGAGAAUUCACACUGGAGACAAGCCUUUCACUUGCUCUCAAUGUGGAAAGAGUUUCUAUCAUAAAAUAAGUCUCAAGACUCACAUGAUGCUUCACUCUGGAGAGAAGGAUUUCACCUGUAAACAGUGUGGGAAGAGCUUCUCACAGCAAGGAAAUCUUACAUGUCACAUGAGAAUUCACAAUGGAGAGAAGCGUUUCAUGUGCUCUGAAUGUGGAAAGAGUUUCAGUCUUAAACUAAGUCUCAAGACUCACAUGAGAAUUCACACUGGAGAGAAGCCUUACACCUGCACCCAUUGUGGAAUGAAUUUUACAUAUAAAGAAUCCCUUGAUGUCCACUUGAUAAGUCACACUGGAGAGAGUCCUUAUACCUGCAAACUGUGUGGGAAGAGCUUCUCACGAAAAGGAAAUGUUAAGACUCACAUGAGAACUCACACUGGAGAGAAGCCAUAUGCCUGCCCUCACUGUGGAAAGAGUUUUACACAUAAAGGAAACUUUGAGGUUCACAUGAGAAUUCACACUGGAGAGAAGCCUUACACCUGCACCCAAUGUGGAAUGAAUUUUACAUAUAAAGAAUCCCUUGAUGGCCACUUGAUAAGUCACACUGGAGAGAGUCCUUAUACCUGCAAAGUGUGUGGGAAGAGCUUCUCACGAAAAGGAAAAGUUCAGACUCAUAUGAGAACUCACACUGGAGAGAGGCCGUUUGCCUGCCCUCACUGUGGAAAGAGUUUCACACAUAAAGGAAACCUUGAUGUUCACAUGAGAAUUCACACUGGAGAGAAGCCUUACACGUGUCUUCAGUGUGAAGAAAGUUUCAUGUAUCAUAAAGACCUAAAGCGUCAUAUGCAAAAUCAUUCUGGAAAGACAUAGCAGUGUUCAUCACUGUGACAAAAUAUUUAGAAAAAGGAGCAAUUUCUAAAAUGAUCUGCACAUUCACUCUGGAUGAAGGUAGUUUAAUUGUGAUCAGUGUAAUAAAACACCUGAAAAAUCAUGUCAAGU